AUGUUUAUUUCUAAGUUUCAACAUGGUCGACGUCCAGCUCCUCCUCCUCCUCCUCCUCCUCCUCCUCCCUCAACCACAAGACCUCCAACAACUACAACUACUACAACCACCACUACUACGACCACCACUACUAUAACCACAACACUCCCAACAACUACGGCAAUAGAAGAAUUCGACGACACAAUAUUUAUAAGCGAAUCCUCAAAUGGAGUCUGUGAUAUGGAUUGGAUGGAACUGGCAAAACGCCUUCAGGAAGCAUUUGGAAAAGUCCACGACGAGUAA